GAACUUCCUUACGCGAAGUGGAGCUCCGUUAUGUACAUGGCUCCUAAGGUCUUUAUUACUGGCGUUACAGGCUAUAUUGGCGGAGACGCCCUCUAUGCACUCAAUAAAGCGCAUCCCGAUUGGGAAUACUCCGCCCUGAUUCGCACGCAGGAGAAGGCAGACCAAGUAAAGAAGGCGUAUCCCAAGCUUCGACCCAUCAUCGGUGGCCUCGAUGACUCCGAUAUCAUCAAGGAAGAGGCAUCGAAAGUAGACAUCGUUCUGCACACUGCAGACGCCUCAGACCACGAAGGCGCAGCCAAAGCCAUCGCGGCAGGCCUCGAGGCCGGGCACUCCUCUUCGAAGCCUGGCUUCUGGCUCCACACCGGUGGCACCGGAAUUCUUACAUACUUUGACGAGUCGGCUGGCCGGCUGGGCGAGUGGGAGGAGAAGCAGUUCAACGACUGGGACGGCGUGGAGGAGCUGACCACGCUGCCCGACGAGGCCUUCCACCGCAACGUGGACAAGAUCGUGCUCGAGGCCGGCACCAAGCACGGCAGCUCGGUCAAGACGGCCCUCGUGUGCCCGCCGACCAUCUACGGCCAGGGCCGGGGCCCCGUCAACGGGCGCAGCAGACAGGCCUACGAGCUCGCCAGCCUCGUCCUGAGGAAGGGCUACGCGCCCAUCGUCGGCGGGGGCCGGGCGCGCUGGAACAGCGUCCACGUGCACGACCUCGCCGACGCCUUCGUGCUGCUCGCCGAGGCGGCCGUGGCCGGGAACCUGUCCGGGGAGAUCUGGGGCGCCAGGGGCUACUUCUUCGCCGAGAACGGGGAGUUCGUCUGGGGCGACCUGUCGAGGCUCAUGGCCAGGAAGGCGUACGAGCUGGGCUACAUCAAGGACGAGCCCAAGGAACAGGCCCUGAGCAAGGACGAGGCCUUCGAGGUGGCAGACUUCCAGGCUGUGAGCUGGGGACUUAACUCCAGGAGCAGGGGAGAGCGGCUGAACAGAACGUUGGGCUGGAAGCCGUAUCGCCCGAGCAUCGAGGAGGAGGUUCCGGGAAUACUAAAGAGCGAGAAGGCGUUGUUGGAGAAGAAGUAGACCGGGGUGGGCUGUGAAAGUUGCACCACAAUGAAUAUGAGCUCUUGCACGAUCUGGCUGCGGCUUCCAUGUACAAAUGCUCCCUGCUAAAUAUUGGUUCCCAGUACCUAACUGACAUCCCGCAAACGUUGCCAUAAAAGCAGUACACGGCAGCGGCUAACAACACUCAAGUAUCUGCAAACCGAUAUCCUUGCUCUAAUGCAGCACAACACACCACUUCUGAUUUCAGAUAAGUGAUAUUGGCAUGGUAUCCAUACUGUUCAUGACUAUGAUGCUGGAUGGCACCACGUC